AUGGCCUCCUGCUUGUGCUACCUUUGCGCCCACCCGGACUGCAAGGCCAAGCUGUUGAAGGAGAUCGAUGAGGUGGUAGGAGACGAUCAGAUCCGAUGGGAGCAUUUGAGCCAGAUGCCUUACCUGGACUGGUGCAUCAAGGAGACCAUGCGCCUGGUGCCGCCUGCCGUUGGCUUCAUGCGGCAGGCCCGUGGGCCGCAGCUCUUGGGGAAGAAGUGGCGGAUCGAUGCGGGCAUGCCGGUGAUCGUGAACGCAGCUUGGUCGAGCGAGCGAAAGUGGGAUCCCAAAAGGGGCAGGGUGUGGUUUGCUUACAUCCCCUUUGCUGUGGGACCUCGCGCGUGCAUCGGGCGCGAGUUCACGGUGGUAGAGCAGAAGGUGACCAUGGUGACGCUCUUCCAGCACUUCGACUUCCAACGGCCGAAGGAGGUGCAGGUGCCUGAGGGCUACAAGACAGUGCGGCAGGCCGAGGCGAAGUCGCUUGGUGUGGGUUGUGGUGGAGUGAAGCCGGAAUACCUCCACAUUUUGAGGUUUGUUUAUGUCUACUUCAUGCUGGGCGCGGCCGAGAUCAGCCCCGGCAAGGCAGAACCGGAGAUUUGUCCGCGGAGCGUUCCUUUGGCGCAGCUAGCGGUGCCCGAAGACUUGGAGUGUCAGAAGGGCCCCCAUGCGGCGGUCUGGUCCAACGUGAAGAAGAGCUUUCGCGCGCUGCUUGAGGACACUCCUGGGGCCUUGUUCAAUCCGAUCCCGGAGGCCCAAGUGAAGACCGCGGUGGACCAGGCCAUCGCGCAGGUGAAGGCAGCCGGCGGCUUUGACAGCAGCUCCACCAACGAGUGUGGCUAUGGAAAGCUGGCGCUGCAGCUCUUGUCGGUUUGCUUAGUCUCAGAUCCCUUCGCGGUGGCACAGACGGUGCAAAGCGCAGGGGAGGCCUUUGCUUCCCCGGUGCUCACCUUGUUGCUGGACAUCCCGUGGGUGGCCACUGCUUUGUCCGGAUGGCCUCUCUUCGGCCUUCUUGCACAAGUGAGCUUGCGGAAGGCGGAUGUGCUGAAAGACAUGGUGGAUCAAGAGAGCAUUGACGGUGUGAGCAAAGGCAGCACCUACUUCAACGCUAUGCGUGGCGCGAUGCCCUCCUCCGACCUGUCGGCCAUGGCGGAUGCCACCCUCACGUACUUGAACAACCCGGACCCCACAGGCGACGGUGGCGUGUUGGGCGCCUUGACCGCCUUAGCGACACAGGCCGCGGUGCAAAGUAAUGUGCAGGAGCGCCUGAACUUGAUCAACGGCCUCCAGGAGGCCAUGAAGAAAGCGGUGCAUACCUCACAAGAUCUGGAUCUCAUGUUGGCAACCAGAUGGCCACUGUGGAGUCUAAUCCACUUCACUGUGGAUGCCAUUAGCGUCGGAUGA